AUGCAGCAACCGCGCAACACGAGGGACUCACACGCAGUCCCAUACUGCCAGGAAGCUCCAAAGAACUCAGAGUUGAACGGUCUCUUUCAGUGCCAGUACCUAGGCACGGACCAGCAGACGUUCGUCGGUGGCCUUGCGCUCGGAUCGGCGGGCACCAUUCCCUUCGAAGGGAUACGUAUUGGUGCUGGAUGGACAACUUGUCUGACGCGCACUACUAUCCAGAAGCCUACAGGAAGCGUUCUUUCCGGUACGAGGGCAAUGUACCUUACAUCACUUUCUUCUUCCACCCAUACCUUCACAGACGCGUAA